CUGUACUUUAGACUGCGCCAGACAUUUGGAGCUCUCAGUCAAUUGACGAUCUAGCUGGUGAAAACAUCUCCUGAAGAGCCAUUGGGAGCAGAUAAAGUGCUUCAUAUGUCUUAAGUUAUAUGAAGUGGAGUUAUCCUCUUUGUCUUUAACUGUGGAAGAUCCACGUGGAAGGAAAUCGACGAGCAGAGUUUGAGACUUUCCAUAUGAAGACUUUUAGUGAAUUGUUCCUGUGAAUUUUCAUCAAAGACUGUGAAGAGAUUUUGAAACUGAUUUUUUUCUACAAAGUGAUCGAACAUUUGAAUAGGAUUUCAACUCGAAAGACAAUCCUUUGAAGUGAUCAGAAGACAACUCAAUUAAAAUAUCUUUUGAUUGAUUGCACCAUCGCUUUUCUUUGGACAUGCCAACCGAGUGUAUGGCGAAUCCUCAUCAGAGGGCCCUCGCGGACGCCAUCGUCCGGAUGCUGCCUCUCGACGAGAUCCGCAUCCUUUUGGCAUGCGGAUCGAAGGUGAACGAGCCCGUGACGCAGGGAUUGCGUCCGCUGCACUACGCCGUGUGGCAGAAGAACGUCCCGGCGGUGAAUCUGCUUCUGGUGCGCGGAGCGGACAUCAACGCCACUGACGAUUGCGGCUACAGCGCCCUGCAUUUGGCCUCUGAACAUGGCUACUACGAGCUCACCCAAAUGCUGCUAGAAGCGGGAGCCAAAGUGGACUAUCGCGAGCCCACUGACGAGCCCUUCCCACGCACGACACUCUGCGAUGAGCCUCUGCGCUUGUCCCUGCGGAAUAAGCACUUCGACGUGGCCCAGCUGCUGCUGGAACACGGCGCCGAUCCCAACAAACGCUACUUCUUCGGCGCUGAGAUCAAUCUUGUGUCCGACACGGAAGCUCUGGACUUACUGCUGACCUACGGAGCGAACACUGAGACGCGAGACAGAUCUGGCAUGACGCCCCUGAUGCGCGCCGCUCGCCACACGAACGGUCUGGAACAGGUGCUUCUGCUCCUGCACUAUGGCGCGGAUGUGAAUGCCAUGUCUGAUGCCAGAAAUGAUUACCGCACAGUUCUUCACUAUGCCGUGUUGUCCGGAAACAAUGGCCUUGUGAAUCUCCUCAUCAAACAGGGGGCGAAGAUUGAUUCUCCUGCUCCUUUUCCAGAGCCUGACAGACCCAGUCCACUGGAUCUCGCAAUCUUGCGUGGAGAUCCAGCACUUGUACGCUUGCUGCUCGAGAAAGGCGCCAGCGUGAAGAGAAGCAGUCCAGUCAUUGGCUCGCCAUUGCAUGUUGCCUGUGCCGAUAAUGUUCCUCACAGAGUUGAAAUUCUCAAAAUGCUCUUAUCUUACGGUGCAGAUCCUAACAUCAAAGUGGAGAGCGAACCGGACAGCAAUCAAACACUGAGGCCGCCCUUGGCCGAGCUUUUGGCCAGCAAUGAAACCACAACCGCCGAGGAGCUGCAUUUGCUGCUCCGAUAUGGCGCCAAGGUGUGCCUGAAGACACAGUACCGCGACCCAGACGGGCUCCUCAAUUGCCUGGCCCACGUUCCCGCCAAUUCCGUUGUGUUCACCGAUCUCCUGGCCGCCGCCGAAGAGUUCGAUCCCUGCAUGAUACGACGCAGCAAUUAUCUCACAGAUGAGCAGAAGCAACGCCUUCUCGAUACCGCCACAAAUCCCGUCCCGUUGAAGGCGCAGUGCAGGACAUUCUUCAGGCGCCUCUUGGGCAGAACGCUGCCCGAGAACGUUCCGUCGCUCUUCGUGCCGGGCGUCCUGAAGAAAUACCUUUUGUACGAGCAUAGCUAGAGUAUUGUCGCCCACGGGAUAUCUUACCACUGCACUGCCCAUUGUCAUUUUCUUCCCGGCCACACGCUGAUGAUGAUCGGGAAUGUAGAGAUUUCAGAGGUAGUGUGAUAUGUGAUAAAUCUGAUUGACUUGUAUUCUCAUUGUACAAUGCAAGAAACGAUAUUUUUGAUAUGGGUAAAUUCACCCUUAAAUUUUUGUAUGACGAUUAAAGAUUAUGGAAAUAAUUUGUAAUGUAAGAAUUGA